AAAAUGGGAUCGGCUGGGCUCGGCUCUCAUGGCCCGUUUCUUGAACUUUGCCUUUUUCUCCAUUCAUUUAUAGCCCUCCCCCAUUUCUCAUUCCAUGCCAUUCUCUUCCACUCCCAUCAUUGUUUUCUUCUUUCCUUUCUUUCUCUUCUUUCAUUUGAACAAAUCUACCAUAUUUAUUAGUAUUUUCUUCCUUUGGGACACAAAAUUGUGCUAAAAAUUAAUGGGUUGCAGGGACAUGAGAAAGGUGAGGUGGGGGAAGAGGAGGAGGAGGCAAGAGGGUGUAGAGAGGAGGAUGAAGAAGCUGCAGCGCCUGGUUCCCGGUGGCGCCGGAAUGAACCCCGACCGGCUCUUCCUUAAGACGGCGGAACACAUCUUAAAAUUAAGGAUCCAACUCAAUGUGCUGCAAGCUCUUUCCAAGGUUUUCAAUGCUUGAUGAUGAUAUUCAUUAUUAUUUAGUAGCUAGUGAGGCAUUGCUAUAUCAAGUUGUACCAUCAUUGUUCUUAUAUGUAUUCAUCUAUUAUAUUUAUUUUUAUCAAUUAAUGCCUAUGCUAAUUCCUUUCUGAUGAGGUGAAUUCGGCUCGCUUACUUUCCUUUCUCUUCACUUCCACAUUUUUUUUUCUACAACAGGGUUCAGAUUAUCACACAUUUAAUUAAAUCUGGGGCUUAAAUUUUUAGUUCAGCAA